AUGGCUGACUUAGUAUUCAAUUUUGAGAUUCAUCAUGGUGGACAAUUUGUGUGGAACCCAGAUUUGGUAUAUUUAGAAGGUAGUACUUCUUUUGUUGAUAAUGUUGACCCAGAUAGACUUAGUUAUUUUGAAAUACAGGAUAUUUGUUGUGAUGUGGGGGCACUUAGUACAAGUAGAUAUCAUUAUCUUAUUCCUGGAGGUAAUUUGGAGCAAGGGUUAAUGCUUAUAAAUGAAGAUGAUGAUGUUGUUUAUAUGUGUGAGAUCCAUGCUGCAUGGCCUACAGAUAAGAUAACACUAUAUGUUGAGGGUGGUGAGGAGCCACCUACUGUUGAACAACCAUUUGGUAAUGAGGAAGUAGCAAAUGAUGAUGAUGAUGUGCAUGAGGUGGGUGAGAGUGAUGAUGAUGUGCAUGAGGUGGGUGAGAGUGAUGAUGAUGUACAUGAGGUGCAUGAGGGAGGUAAUAUGGAUGCUGAAGAAGGUGAUAUUGAUUGGUUAGAGGAAGGGUUUGAGGGGCCAAAUUUUGAUGAUGAUGUUUUUGGAAAUGUAGAUGAUGGGCCAUCUACACAUGCAGCCCCACAUAGGCCCUCUGAAGGAGAUGAUGGGCCAUCUAUCCAUGAGGAUAUAUACAUGUAUAACAUGGAAAGUCUAAUAGGGUCUGAUGAUGAUCAGCCAGCACCAGUUGCAAAAGAACCUGAGUUUAAUGUCCAAACUGACAUGAGAAAGGAGGCAUUGAGGGAAUAUGCGAUAAAGAAGCCAGUAAAUAUCAAGUUCAAGCUGAAUGAGAAGAAGAAGAUAUCAGUUUAUUGUAUCAAUGAAUGUGGAUGGAGGUGUUAUGCAUCUCAACUACCUGAAGAGUUGAUAUUCCAAAUAAAAACAUUCAAUCCGGAGUGCACUUGCCCUAGAUUCUUCAAACACAGCCAAGUGACUUCAACUUAUGUUGCAAAGAAGUUUAUGCAGGAGUUUGACAAAAACCCCAAUUGGAAAGUGGCUGGUGUUCAACAUCAUGUGAAGCAAGCACUUGAAGUUGACAUAAGUUACAGUCAAGUGUAUAGGGCAAAAAGGAAAGCUACUGACUUGGUUACUGGGGAUGAACAGCUGCAAUAUGGGAAACUUAGGGAUUAUGCAGAGAUGAUAAGAUUGACUGAUAAAGGAAGUAGAGUUAUUUUGCAAACUGAAAUGGAAGAUGAAAAUGCACAGCCGAAAUUUAAGAGAAUGUAUAUUAGGUAUAAUGCACAAAAACUUGGGUUUUUGGGAGGUUGUAGACCAAUUAUUGGUUUAGAUGGGUGCCACUUGAAAGGCAGAUUUGGGGGGCAAAUACUUUCUGCCAUAGCUAGAGAUGCAAAUGACAAUAUUUUUCCAGUUGCAUUUGUUGUUGUUGAGUAA